AUGAACAUAGCAACCCUAUACCGAGCAGCGAUAUCUAGCACUGGGAGCACGAGAGCCGGAGAGGACGCCGUCAAGCAGACCCCCGACCCGGACAUUGUCGUCGUCGGCGGGGGCCUGGCCGGGAUGGUAGCAGCGCUGGCGGCGGCGGAGCGCGGGGCCUCGGUCGUGGUGCUCGACCGGGCGUACGGGGGCGGCGCGACGGCGAUCUCGGGGGGCGUGGUGUACGCGGGGGGCGGGACGCGGCAGCAGGCGGCGGCGGGGUACGGGGGGGACACGGCGGACAACAUGUUCCGGUACCUGGGAGCGGAGGUGGGCGACGCGGUGGACGCGGCGACGUUGCGGCGCUUCUGCGACGGCAGCGUCGCGCGCAUGGCCUGGCUCGAGCGCCACGGCGUCGCCUUCGCCGGCUCCCUUUGCCCCUUUCGCACCAGCUACCCGACCAGCGAGUACUUCCUCUACUUCUCCGGCAACGAGAAGGCCCACCCGUUUGCCGCCCUCGCCGACCCCGCCCCGCGCGGCCACCGCGCCGUCGGCGAGGGCACCGGCGGCAUGGGCAUGACCGGUGCCGCGCUGUGGCAGGCCGUCUUCGACGCCGCCGUCCGCCUGGGCGUCGUCUUCCGGCCCGCCAGCCGCGUGGAGGCGCUGCUCCUGGACGACGCCGGCGCCGUCAGCGGCGUCCGGUACCGCGCACUCGACGAGACGUCGGGCGGCUUCGCCAGGCACAAGUCGCUGGUCCAGAGGGCCUCCGGGUAUCAUCAGAUUUCGAUGCAGACUGUGGCCAAUUGGUUCGACCUCUGGGCCGAGUCUAUCUGGCAACGGGAGAGCCGAGAAAGAACGAUGCAUUCGCGGGCUGUCAUCCUAGCGGCGGGAGGAUUCGUCAUGAAUGAGGAGAUGUUGAGCGGGAUCAUCCCUUGGGCGCGCAGAGUGUCGCCCCUAGGCACGGCGGGCGACGACGGGAGCGGCAUCAAGCUUGGCCAGUCGGUCGGCGGCACCGUUUCGCACAUGGACCGCGUGUCGGCCUGGAGGCUGAUUUACCCCCCGGAGGCGCUCGUCGAAGGGAUCGUGGUUUCUCCGGGAGGGGAGCGCAUCGCGGCCGAGGACCUGUACGGCGCGUCCUUUAGUGAAGUGAUGAUUGAUCGGUUCGACGGCCACGGCUAUCUCAUCCUGGACUCGACACAGUGGAAGAAGGUCAAAGACCAGGUUAAUUCGCAGACGCAGAUGCCGUGGAAGGCGUUCAUCUUGUACUUGCUCUACUGGGCUCACAAGAAGGCCAGCUCGAUCGAGGGCCUUGCGCGAAAGCUUCGCGUCGAUCCGGGCACGAUAAAGUCGACGGUGGAUGCAUAUAACGACGCGAUAACGAACGACAAGCCGGACCCGGUAAACAAACUGUCUUACAGGACUGUCAUUGAGAAGGGGCCGUUCUACGGCAUUGAUAUUUCUCUACAGCCCAGCGGUUUGUUAGUCUCGCCGGCGCUUCCUCUUGGUGGUUUAAGGGUUGACGGCGAGACUGGUCUAGUGCUUAACGAAGCGGGUGGUACGAUUAAGGGCCUAUAUGCCGCUGGGAAGAAUGCUGUAGGUGUCAGCUCCAACCGCUAUAUUUCGGGACUUGCGUUGGCAGACUGUAUCUUUUCGGGGAAACGAGCCGGCGAGCACGCUUAAGAAUUCACAUUUAGGUCCUGAAAGAUGGAUUUGGUGGAGGAAAUAGAGCUCGGCGACGGUGCGAGAUUUGAAUGAAAUUAUGCCUAACAACCUUGGUGCAAUGUCGCAGUUUAAGGCUAUGGAAAUUCUACAGUAAAUUCACUGCCUGGCUGAGGGGCUUGAAGAAUCUUCAGGGCGUACCUAAUAGUCUCUUCUAGGUACUUGUAACUGUUGUCUCGGCACCUGGAACGCCACGCUGAAUACACCCUACUAGAGAGACGGGGCCGGGCAGGGGCAGCAGGACAGGGGAUAUUAACGAAGCCACACACUGACGGGCAGCAUAGGGGCUUAGGAUCUUCUAUCGAAAUUCAUCUUCUAUCGCAAUUCAGGGCCUUUUUUAUAAUUCUACGGAGGGCCCGGAAACCUCAUGUUAUACACUAUCACUCUGACAGUAGGAAUACGCUUCCAACGGAAUUGUGCUCUUUCCCUUUCGCGGGGAUUCGCAGGACGGAACACUCGCCGGACAUUCCAAGACUCUCGCGCAAUUGCCUACUUGGUAUUGCAUCUUGGAGCCGAUUACAGCUUGAAGCCGCCGGGGACUAGAGUCUGAAACACGCGCCCGGGAUCGUACUUCUUCGCUGUCGACUUCAGGAACUCGUAGUUGGCGGAUCCGUAGCCCUUGAAAGGCUGCUGCGAAGCCUUUGCAUGGUUCAGGUCGAUAUAUGGGUGGUAGGCCCCACGCUUCUUGGUGGCAGAGAUG